AUGCUGACCGCCAACAUCAAACGUUCUGCACGAACGGCCAGAAAGGCCAUUUCUCAUAUUGUUCGUUGCAACUCGUCUGCUGUGGAACCACCGCCUGCUGGAGGGCAUCUACCUUCCGUAUCCAACUCGCAGUUAUUACGGAGCACUAGAGAUGCGGCUUUGCGCUCACCAGGAAUUCGUUGGGCCGAUGAAGACGACUCGGGUCCCGCAAAUAUCGUUGGAGGACGAGAGACGCGAAAGAUGAACACAUACCAGGCCGUGCGCGAUGCUAUGAGCAUCGCACUUAUGAAGGACGACACCGCCGUCGUAUUCGGUGAAGAUGUCGCAUUCGGUGGUGUGUUCAGAUGCACUAUGGGACUAGCGGAAGAAUUUGGCCGAGAACGCGUCUUCAACACGCCCUUGACCGAGCAAGGAAUUGCCGGCUUCGGCAUUGGCAUGGCCUUGAUGGGCCAUACCGCCAUCGCAGAAAUACAGUUUUCAGACUAUAUUUUCCCCGCGUUCGAUCAAAUAGUCAACGAAGCUGCCAAAGUUCGUUACCGCUCAGGGGGCUCCUACAACGUCGGAGGGCUUACCAUCCGCACGCCUACCAUGUCAGUAGGGCAUGGUGGACUUUACCAUUCUCAAUCUCCCGAAGCGUUCUUCAUGGGUGCAGCGGGAUUAAAGGUUGUGAUACCCAGAUCUCCCAUACAGGCCAAAGGCCUUCUACUUGGAGCCAUCAGGGACCCAAAUCCAGUAAUAUUCCUAGAACCCAAGAUCUUAUACCGUUCAGCUGUUGAGCAAGUACCAAUAGAUGACUUUUCUUUACCCCUUGGGUCCGCAGAGACACUGGCUCCUGGGAACGACUGCACACUCCUUACAUGGGGUACCCCGGUCUACCACUGCGAAACAGCCUUGCACUUGCUUGCAUCUCCCCCUCCAUCCUUGGAGAAACACAUCCCCACGUCUCUGCGCUCUGCCUCCAUCGAAUUGAUUGACCUCCGUUCAAUCCUCCCAUGGGAUGUGCAAACAGUAGAAGAAAGCGUGAAACGAACUGGAAGAUUGGUGAUCGUGCAUGAAGCAGGUAUGACGGCUGGUGCGGGCGCGGAGAUUAGCGCGGAGAUACAGAAAAGGUGUUUCCUGAAGCUGAAUGCCCCAGUUUCGAGAGUUACGGGAUGGGACUUACCUGUCGGCCUCCAGUUUGAGAAGUUCAUUAUUCCAGACGCUUUACGCAUCGUAGAUGCUCUUGUCAAGACAUUAUCCUACUAG